CUAAUUCCGACCUAAGGGUCGGUUUCACUAACGCCGAUUAAGCUUAAUCGUGAUCAACCACAAUUGGUCGAUUCUACUAAACAGCAAACGUAUGAUUGGUUUGUCAACAGCCGAUUAAGUUGACGUUGGUGAAACUAGGCAUUGAAAAUUGAGAUUGAAGAUAGAAAUUUAACCAAUGAGGACAAAAGAAUUUUAAGGGGUUUCUAGAGCCUUUUUUGUAAGGAUAAAAAUUUGCCCAGGGUCGAUGGUCUUUAAUAGUAUCUCAUCGGUGCUUAUACUGUGGUAUGCCUAUUGCCUAUUGGUACAUUUAAUAUUAAUUGACGACUAUUUCAUUGUAUAAAUCGUCAUGACUGCUUCAGUUAGCACCAAUCCGUCUACGUUAUUACCUUUGGAAUUAGUUGACAAGUGUAUCGGUUCUCGAAUACACAUUAUUAUGAAAAAUGACAAGGAGAUUGUAGGAACUUUGCAAGGUUUUGAUGAUUUUGUCAACAUGUUACUGGAAGAUGUAACAGAAAGUGAGGCAACCCCGGAAGGUCGCAGAGUUACAAAGUUGGAUCAGAUUCUUCUCAAUGGCAGCAAUAUUACUAUGUUAGUGCCUGGUGGUGAGAUGCCGGAUACAUAAUACUUUUAAGCCAUCAUCCUGAACGCAUCAGAUUUAUUUCUAUCUUGAUAAGAUUGUGAUGAAGCAUUAACCUCAUUACUUAUCGCAAGUAAGAUACGUUAUAAGCUUAAACUUAAUUGAUCAAAUAAAUGUUAACUAUGGAUUACAAAAGA